UGUGGUUUGGGACAGAGCCGAAACCCGGACAGUAUUGUUCCGGUUGGAGAAAAGCAGGCGUGUUAUGUAUGUGUGUGUUUGUGUGUUUGUGAAGUUAAGAAGGCCAAACGGGGGGAAGAAGACACCCGGCCGUGCCAGAAAUGGCUCGUUUCGGUAAUAAGCUGAGCUCUUACUCCAUAAGUCAGCUGUCGGAGCUACUCGAAGAUGACGAAAAGCUCAACAACAUAGUGCUGGACCUGGAAGAGGUGCAGGAGGUGCAGCAGAAUAAGAAAGCGAUCCUGGCUAGCAACCGGAGCCUGGCUGAGCAGAACCUCAUUCUGCAGCCCAGGUUAGACCAUCAAAAGAAUGAGCUCACAAAGCGCUACCGCUGCCUGCAGGAACAGUUUGAGGCCUUGCAGCUUCGCAAGUCCCUGCUAGACCACAAGUCUGGCGACACAUCCUUGGACACAUUGCUUGCAUUGUUGCAGACAGAAGGAGCCAAAAUUGAGGAAGAAACUGAGAACAUGGCUGACUCUUUCCUUGAUGGUGCUGUACCCCUGGACGGUUUUAUUGAUGACUACCAGAGCAAGCGUAAACUGGCUCAUAUGCGGAGGGUGAAGAUCGAGAAGCUGCAGGAACUGGUGCUGAAAUGGCCAGCAGUUGUCCAUGUUCCUCCUCACACUGAACCAGUCACCACACCUGCUCCCCUCCAGAGAGAGCCUGACAACACCCCUGUUCCACAGCCUAGACGAGCCCCUCCACUGCCCCCGAUCAAAAAUGUCAGUGCUCAGCCUCCGCCAUCUCCAGUGCUGGGGUACUCUGCUGCCCCUUACCCACCAAUCCCACCCCGAGUGAGCCAACCCCAGCCUGGAUACCCUGUCCUCUGCAUGCCACAGUACCCCCCACCAGUGCCACAGAGAUCUGCCCCACGGAUGGCACAUCAACCAGGCUUCAUCCUGCAGUGAUUUCGUGACUCCACUUGGGAAGGAACAAUCUAUGCACAAGAUGUCCAGCAGUGCCUUUCUGAAGGUCCUCCUGCCUCAGAAUGUGUGCACGGACAGGCUGGAUGUCUGUUUAAAUGGGGGUUGUCUAGACAUUUCUACAAUUUAAAAUAUGUCAUCAGCAACGAUACCUUUGUUUUAAUUCGCACUUUAUUAGACUUUUGUUCUUCUGGCAUUGGGAUAUCAUACAAGAUGUCUGGCUACAUUGCAUUGGUUUUGUUAGGCAUAAAUGAAUUCACUGUUUCCAACCCAGUGGAAAUCAAAUGGUCAAAGAUGUAAGAUAAUAUGGUCAAGCAUCGUGUCUCCAUUUCUAUAUCUUGGCAAUUUUAUGUAACCUCUCACCUUUUGUAUUUUAAAACAUUUCACAUCUGGAAUAAAUCAAUGGUGGUGGUGGUGACCAUAAAACCUAUGCAAACACAGACCGAACUGUGUGGAGCAAAUAUUAUAAAUAAAACCAUCUUUUCUUUAACAUCCCAGGUUAUGUGCACCAACAUUUAGCCAAAGAUGUAUUUGACUCACCAGAUUUCAUUUCUGGUCCUGGUGCUUGACUGACGUUAAAAGCAGGAGUAAGUUUCCAGGUAGGUUAUAUAUAAUGAUUAUGAUUAUUAUGGUGCCAGAAGAAUGCAUUGGUCUGUGCGCGUUUGCCAUGGGUUGAUAAUCCUGGUUAUGGACAGGCUAACUUUUGAGACAUUUGGCUCUGCCAGUAGAUGGCUGUCAUUCAGCUUAAUGCUAGGAUUAAAGGGAUACUUUGGCAAAACAAGUUUGCAUGGUUUAAUGGAUGCAGCAGUCCUAAUGUGAGUGAGGAAAGGCAGAACUGAGCAGGUCCAUAGUGAAAAGAGACAGACCCGAACCCUGUUGAAAUAACUAAGCAUAGCACAGGUACAGAUUUGGUGAGUUAUGGUGCAUGGUGCAUUCUGGGAUGAGUCACUCACUAUGACUAGGAGAUGUGAGAUGUUUCUUGCACUGUCUUAUUGUGUACUAACACUUAAAAGCUAACUCUUUGACAUGUUCAUUAUUUACCUGUCACUUAUUAGAAUGCUUAGAAUAUUAGAAUAUUUUAACGUGGAAACUUUUGAUUUUUGAAAAUAAAGGUGCUUACUUUAAUCUAAAUUGAAUACUGAUUACAUUAGGGACAUAAAACAUUAUUAAACAUACAAAAUGGUAAAUAUAAUGCUUGCAGCCAUACUAACAUUGAUUUGAAAGAUGUUUUAAAAUUGCUAUUUCUUUUUUUUUUCAUGACUGCGAAAAAGGAUGGCACGUGCGUGCGCACACACACAAUGUGUUUGUCAGCUUAAACAUGGUCACUGGCUUCUAAAUGUUUAUACUGCUUUCUAAAAAUACUGCAAAAUCAUUUCCUAACAAUUUCUUUAUAUUUUAAGAGGAUUAGCAGAAAAAUGUGUGAUCAUUGGCACAAAUUGUGUCGUUGCUGUGAACCAGAAUUGUGCAUUUUUAAUCUGCUUGUUCAGUUAUUUUAUUUUUUUUUGUACAUGCCUGUAAUACUUUUUCAUAAAUUCAAGUUAUUCUUUUUCCCAUCUAGAAGCUGAAUAGAAACUUAAACAGUGAACCUGGACAAAGUCAAGGUGAAUUAAUAUAGUAAGUGUUAGAAUGAACCAGUACAUGCCUAUGUUCAACAAUCUUAGCUGUUCUUUGUCUUGAGAGCUUCAAUUCUCACCACCUCAUUGAAGUAAAAACUGUUCCAUUCUACAAAUUUCCCAAUGUACAACUGUGAAUUUGUCAACUUCUUGUAGCCACCUAAUGCCUGUAGGGCUGAACAUCACUGUGGUCUCUUCAAAGUCCAUAACUAAAGCUGUCUGAAUUAUCAGGUCAGGACUGUCACUUUUGCUUCUGUACACCGUAUAAUUACAAGUGUCCUUGUAUGCUGAGAUUAUCAUACUCAAUGCUGCAUGGUUUUGGUCAUGUAUACAAUCUACAUCUCGGGGUUGACCUCAAAUAUCUAGGCCACAGGUUCCUAACUCUGGUCCUGUUUGCAAGUUUAUAGCAUUUUCACUGCUUUAACAACCUCAUGACUAAGAAUGGGCUUUUAAUUAGCCAGCUCAUGAGCUAAAUCAGGAACCCUGUAAAAUGUACUUAAAGAUAAGGGUAGGAAACCUGUGGUAUAUGCAAUAUUAUGCUGAAACGUCCUAAUAUAAUUCAAGAUUCAAAGGUUUAUGUAAUAGAUGUGGUUCUAUAGGCCUGACCCUUGAUCAGUUGUCUUGACAGAAACUUGUGCCCUGAGACACUGGUUAAAUUCAGGAAUCAAAGUGCCUUGUGGUCUUAAAUGUUAAACAGCACACUGUUUCAUACUUACAGACAGGAGAGAGCAGCUCAGCUUUCAUUUGUGAUGAUGUGCCAUUAUGUUCCUCUAGAACAACCUGGCUGAUGUUUUUACAGUAUAUCAGCACUUAAGGUACACUUCUUGCUUGGAAAUUAUACAUUAGUAGUCCUAAUAGCAAUGAAAUCCUGACAGACGCUUAUAAGAGGCUUGUCAGCAAUCGUAAAAGAGCCAGCAAUUUUCCUCAGCAUGUGACUUUGUGCAUUUUUGUACAUGGUUAUUUUUGGUUGAUGUCUCCAUGUAAAUCUAACUCUAAAUGUAAAUCUAAGUCUGAUUACACGGUCAUAUAUACACUCCUAAUGUAAAAUAUACUGAUCAUUUUAUUGUAUUAGGUUGUUGGUUUGUUUCUUUGGGAAAUAAGAAAAUUGUCUGAUUGACCCGUGUCUAUUUUAAGGAUAAUAAACAAUAAAGUAAGACACAACAAUAGUU